AUGGCGACGUGGACGGGAACACCGGGUGUGAGGGGAGGCUCAGAGACGGCGCAGAUGGCGCUGCUCACGUUUGGUGCUAUUGGGAUAACGUUCACGUGGGGUAUCGAGAUGACCUACUGCACGCCCUACCUCCUCGACCUCGGCCUCACAAAGUCAAACACAUCUCUCGUGUGGAUCGCCGGCCCUCUCUCUGGGCUCAUUGUGCAGCCUGUUGUGGGCGCGCUCGCCGACGCCUCUACCUCGAAAUACGGCCGGCGACGACCACUCAUGCUGCUCAGCACCGCCAUGGUCGCGGUGUGUCUGUUUGUGCUGGGUUUCACAAAGGAGAUUGUGGGCCUGGUGCAGGCAGACGAAGAGAAGGCUAAAGGACCGACGAUUGCGCUGGCCGUGCUGGCCAUCUACGCGGUGGACUUUGCGAUCAACGCUGUGAUGAGCUGCUCGAGGAGCCUCAUCGUUGAUACGUUGACAGUGGACAAACAGCAGACAGGAGCCGCCUGGUUCAGUAGGAUGUCGUCGGUAGGCCAUGUCGUUGGAUACGGCCUCGGCGCUGCCGAUCUCGUCGGUAUCUUUGGCGAGUGGAUGGGCGACACGCAGUUCAAGCAGCUCACGAUUAUCGCCAUGGUCUUCAUGGUGGUCACCAACGGCAUCACGUGCUGGGCUGUCACGGAGCGCGUGCUCGUGGCGGCGCCGCCCAGCGAUGUCAAGGGGCACUUUCAGAUAUUCCGACAGAUCUGGUCCACCAUUCUGAAUAUGCCGCCUCGCGUCCAGGCCAUCUGCAGGGCGCAGUUCUGGUCGUGGCUGGGCUGGUUCCCUUACAUGUUCUACGGGACGACCUGGAUUGGCGAGACGUACUUUCGCUACGACGUGCCCAAGGACGCGGUUGCAUCCGGCGACAUGCUCGGCGACAUGGGUCGCAUCGGGAGCACGUCAAUGGUCAUCACGUCGAUGAUUACGUUCACGUCGGCAUUCGUCUUGCCGCUGCUGGUGGAGUCGCCGGACAGGAAGAGUGCGACGCCGUGGAUGCCACAGUCCAUGUCUGGGUUCGUCGCGAGGCUGGGCAAGUACAGGCCCAACAUCUUGACGACAUGGAUCUUUGGGCAUCUGGUGUUCUCUGCGGCCAUGUCCCUGGCGCCGUUUGCGACGAGCUAUCGCUUUGCUACAUUACUCGUCUGUCUCUGUGGGCUGCCGUGGACGAUUGCUAUGUGGGCGCCUGUGGCCCUGCUGGGGGUCGAGGUCAACCGCAUGAGCACAGAUGGCGCUUCCACGCCACCUCAGUAUCGCCGUGUAUCCCACAAUGACGACAACAUUGACGGAGAGGACGAGGACGACAUUGAGAUGCUGUCAGCGGAGGAUCCCAUGCACGCACCCGAGGUCAAGGCAUCGGGUGAGUUGUCGGGGAUCUACUUUGGCAUCCUCAACAUAUUCACCACCUUGCCUCAGUUUGUUGGCACCUUUAUCAACAUGAUUAUUUUUGCCAUCCUCGAGCCUGGCAAGAGCCUCGACGUGGGCGUGGGCCACGGAGGCGUGAGUGCUGGUGCUGGUAGCGGCGACACGUCUGCUCCCGAGGACGCGUCGGAACCCACUAGAGAUGGGCCAAAUGCCAUCGCAAUCAGCCUGUUCAUUGGCGCAAUGAGCACGGUCUACGCGGCUUGGGCUACCAGGAAGUUGAGAUAUCUGUAG